CAAAGCCGAAUUCCCUACUUCUUUCUCCAGAGUUUACACAGUUCUCCACGGCAAAGGUAUUCCUUUGUUUCACGUUUUUGGUUCGACUAAUAUAUUAACCUGAAGAAUCCCAAAGCUUUGGAAGCUCACUAAAGAAAACCCACAGUAAAAAAACCAUGGAUUCACUGUCGUCUGUCUCGCCAUCUAUAGUUCUUCCUCGGAGCAACCAUUUGUCCACGCAGCGACAUCGUCCUCAAGUAGCUGUCUUUUCAUUCGCCACGAAUAACUAUAUUCCUCGCUUGUCGUCUUUACUUAGCGUGCCUUCUUCUAAAGGGAGACCGAGUCGAGUUGUUGAUUGUAAAUGCAAAUUGAACGGGAGGGAUGCGAGAGAAGAAGAUCGUGAUGAUGAUGAUGAUGAUGUUGAUGGUGAGAAAGAGGAGCUUGAUAGGGCGCUUCAUUUGGACGGUACGAUUCCAACUACUUCCGGCGAGUUUUUGAAACAGGUUUCGUCUCGGGCGUAUGAUAUGCGGAGGCAUUUGCAGCAAACUUUUGAUAGUAGUAGCUAUGACGUGUUGGAGGCAAAUCCAUGGAGAGAUCCUUCGAAACCUGUAUAUGUACUAACUCGCAAGGAAAAUCAGUUAUGCACAAUGAAAACUCGAAGAAACCGCAGUGAAGUUGAAAGGGAGCUUGGAUUAUUGUUUUCAAAAAGAGCAAAGUGGAGUUCUGGAAUUGGAAACAAAACUAAACAGCCUAGUUCAGGAACUAAGUUUCAGAUGCUGGUUGAGGAUGUUAGGGAAGGAGUGCUUGUAUUCGAAGAUGGAAAUGAAGCUGCAAAAUAUUGUGACUUAAUGCAGGGAGGAGGCAAAGGAUGUGAAGGUGUCGCAGAGAUUGAAGCCUCAUCGGUAUUUGAUCUUUGCCGUAAGAUGAGGGCUCUGGCUGUUCUCUUCCGGAGGGGGAGAACACCUCCUUUACCUCAAAGUCUGGAGCUCAACCUAAGAGCCCGUAAGCGAUCCCUUGAAGACCAAGAGGAUUUGAUAUGAAUCCAGUCAAGAGUAAAUGUAUGAGAAACUAUGUUAUCAAGCCAAACAUCAAAACCCAUAUAUGAAUUCAUUUGUCACAAACUAUUAAAUAUUAUAGUAUAAAUUGAUUGACAUAAUUUUUUGUUUC